AUGCUGGAAGAAGAACAGUACCUUGAAGAGGAUGCUAGUGGAGAACUGGAGAUAUUCGGGUCUGGACACGCUGCCGGCGCUGCUGAGCCGUCUCACCUGGCGCUGCCGUCCCCAAGCAGGCAAGCCGCCGUCUCACCUCCUCCAUCCCGGACGCGCUGCCGCCGCAAUCGGCCCAUCUCACUUCGCGCCGUCGUCGCCAAACAGGCAAGCCGUCGUCUCACCUCCACCCUUGUCUCUAUUGCGGGCGGCCCCGCCCCUGUACAGCAGUGGAGGAAGCGGGCGUGCAGGCUGGAGCUGGAGGCUGCAGUGCUGUGUUUGCCGGCAGGAAGCACGGGAGGCGGGUGGCCAUGGAGAACGGCCACACUGUUCAAGCGCCGGACUCUGCUGUCGACCUCCUCAUCUUCAGGCCCCACCCCGAGCUCGACCCUCCGCAGCCAUCUCGUUUUAUGUUCAAGCACCGCCUGGAUAUCAUUUUCUCCUUCCUACAGCCAGCUCCCCCCUGAUCUCCUCCGCAACGUGCUGCUCCAUGCAUUGGCAGCUAUAAAAGAAAAGGGGCAGCACAUCCUAAGCAUGAAGAUGAGCAUGCAAAGCAGGUGAAGGCAAAGCUCAGCUUGGUCUGGAUCGGAUGCCUUGGACAUGGUAAUGGAGGUUGAACACCGAUCAGUUGCAACUUGUUAUGUAGGAGACUGAAUAUGUAUAUGAAGUCUAUUUUAUUAGG